GCACAAUGGGCAAACGAAAGCAGGCGAAAGACGGCGACGUGGAGAUGGAGGGCGUGCGCCCUGGAGACGAGAGUAGCGACGAGGACAUUGACAUGGUCAACGUGGAUUUCGAAUGGUUCGACCCUCAACCGGCCGUCGACUUUUACGGCCUCAAAAACCUGCUUCGCCAACUGUUCGAUACCGAUGCGCAGAUCUUCGACCUCUCCGCGCUGGCGGAUCUGAUCCUUGCGCAGCCGCUGCUCGGGUCGACCGUCAAGGUUGACGGGAACGAGUCGGAUCCGUAUGCUUUUCUUUCGGUGCUGAAUCUACAGGAGCAUAGUGAAAAACAAGUCAUCCAAGACCUAACCCGCUACCUCCAUCGACAAGCAUCGUCAACCCCCUCACUAGCUCCCCUGGCGACCCUUCUAUCGCAGAAGCCCACCCCCCCGAUCGGUCUCAUCCUGACGGAUCGCCUGAUCAACAUGCCCUCCGAGGUUGUGCCGCCCAUGUACAAAAUGCUGCUGGAGGAGAUCGCCUGGGCGCUCGAGGAUAAGGAACCGUACAACUUCUCACACUACCUGAUCCUGUCCAAGAACUACGAGGAGGUCGAGUCCAAACUCGACAUGGAGGAGAGCCGGCCGCAGAAGAAGAAGAAGAAGUCCGCCGCGGAUAAGAAGGCGGACCGCUUCUAUUUCCAUCCAGAGGACGAGGUGCUGGAACGCCACGCCCUGUGCACGGGGGCGUUCGAGUACACGCACAAGCAGGAUGAAGGGCACUCGGACUCGAAACGUGCCUUUCAGGAACUCGGCAUUCGCACUGGCGGCAGCUUGAUGCUCAUCGAGGCCGCCAAGUUCGAGGCCGCCGUGAACGAUGUGGCCGAGUAUCUUAAGCAGUAGUCUUUAAAAAAAGAUAGUAACUACUAGGUAACUAUUACUAUACCGCUUGGUAAACAAGGUAUAUUUACUUGAUUGAUUUUUCUCAAUUAUCAUGAUUUUUUCCCCCUGUCUAUGCUUCAUUUCAUCACGGCGUUGGUUGAUAGAUAAAAAAAAAAGAUGUCUCUUCGUUUAUUUACUCCCAUUCAGUUCCCUUGAGGCGUUGCAUCAAGUACUCCACUUCCACCACCUUGGUCAGAGGAAUGACAAAUUCCUAGAGAGUGAGUGAGUAUAAAUUUACCAUCUGUAGGAAUUGAGAAGUAUUGUAUAUUGUCUACCUUGAACAUUCUAAGGACAGCCUCGCCAUCGAUCUUCGGCCCAGUCUCGUCCGGGAAGGCGGGGUCGGUGCCAUAGGUUCUGGCCUUGAGAGCGACUCUGGCG